AUGGUCGCCUUUUUAGAACUAACUUCAGCCGUUUCUCAACCUUUUGUCAUCCCAUCUCUUUCGCCAGUCUCUCAACCAAGCUCGAGAAAAAACUCUGACGCAAACGUCGAUGACUUGAAUCUGGCUAUUGCCAAUGCUGCUCUUUUGGAUGCCUCAGCUACAAGCCGCUCACACUCCAGAAAAAACUCUUUGUCUCUGUUGUAA